AUGCCUUCCCGUGCAGUUAUUCUAUCGGUUCUCAUAGUUAUGGUCGCAUUAUGUAUUGAUGUAUCGCAAUCAGCUAAGAUUGGCCUUUAUGCAGAUCCAAAGCACACGGGACCUAUUCUCGCAUAAUUGACAAUGUCUGUUAAUCAAUCGAUGCAAAUGUUAACAGUUGUUUGGAAUGACAAACGUUUUAUGGCAUCAAAAUCUGCACGUAAUGCAGCUCGUCGAAGUGUUUUUCGAGCAACAACUAUUAUGCUUAACUCUGAAUUAAAAACACUUGAAAGUCAAAAUAAUGAAAUUCAUCAUGAAACAAAUCGAUGUCGUACGGAUUUACAAAAAUAUGAUGAUAAAAUACAAAUACUUGAUAAUAUGGCUCAUUUAGCAACUCAAUCACUUGAAGUUUAUUUUCAAGCACGUAUGGAAAAUUUACGUACAUUUGUUACCGAACAAUGUCGAAUUAUAUCAGAUGGUAUACAAGAAGAAGCAGAUCAUUGGAAAGAAAUUCAUGCUAUGUUACAACAAAAAUUAGUUGUGCCAGGUGAUUUACGUUCCUAUGGUGGAGGUAAUGGAUUACCACGUGCUGUUAAACAAAGUCCGAAUUUUAGUCGAAUUGCCGAAGUAGAAGAAGAAGAAGAAGAAAAUGAGGAAGUAGAAAAGAUACAUAAUGUAUCUACUUUAUUGCAAUCACGAACAUUGACACCAUUAAUUACUCAAUCAUUAAAGAAAGUUCGUUUAUUGGCAUCAAAAUUAUCUAAAGAUACAUCAGUCGUUAUUCCGCCUCAAUUGGAUAUGUCAACAACUGUUCAUGAAGAAACAGUAAUUGAAGAACCAGCACAACCAACUUCAAUUAUACCUGAAACUCAUGUUACAUUACGUGAUGUAUCUGUUAUUGAAAAAGAAACUGAAAUGAAUCAUGAUAUACCUAAUCCUGAUUUAUCUGUUUCACUUUUACCUUAUAUGCCAACAGCAAAUCUUGAAGAUGAAGAUGAAGAUGAAGAACAAGACCAUGAGCAACAAAAUAAUAAAUCGAUAGCAUCAACUAUUUCGGAUAAAACAUUUGUUAAAACUUCUCUUAAACCAUUUUCAUCUGACGAAGAAAGUGAUGAUGACGAAGAUGAUGAUGAUGAUGAUACUAUCAUGGAAGAAAGCCUUACUGCUGAUAGUACUGAAAAUGCUCGUCCAUUAUUAUUAACUGCUGAUCGAUCAAUUCGUAGACCACCACCAAUACGUGAAGAGAAACCAAACAUAAAACAAGAAAGAGUUAGUUUUCGUGAACCAUUAGUUAUCGAACAUGAUCAUUCAAAUAAAACAUUAUUAUUAAAUAAGAGUACAUUUGAUACAGAAAAAUCAAGUUUUAUUCGUCCGACUAUUGUUGAUAAACAUAAUAUUUCAAAACUACCGACAAUUGCAUCUGAUAAUUCAAAUGAAGAAGAAAACACUGAUGUUGUACAUCGAACAGAAGAGAAACAAAUUGAUGUUGAUGUACCAAUCAAUGUAGCUGAAAUCUCAAAAAAUCCAAUUGUUGAACAAUUACCUGUUUCAACAGCUGUCGAAAACAAUACGAAAAGAAGAACUACUCGAAGAACUACAACUCGUCUCUUUCGAGAAAAUCAAACCGACAAUUUACCAACACAAAUACCUGCUGAAGUGCCAAAAGCACGAUAUGCUACACGAUAUUCUACUCGAUAUUCUACUCGAUUGGCCAGUUCAGUCAGUAACGAAGAAGUUACAAUAACAAGAGCAUCAACAAUUCAUCGCCGAACAACACGUUUUACUUCUGAAUGA